GAGCUCGCUCUAUCCGCUAAAUCACACACCAAACCUUCUACUAACUCCACAUCCACCGAAAAAAUGGCCAAGGGAAAGAAGUCUGCUGACGCCAAGGGCAGCCAGAAGCGCCAGAAGAAGGUGCUGCGUGAUAACAUCCGCGGCAUCACCCGCGGUUCCAUCCGCCGCCUCGCCCGUCGUGGCGGCGUGAAGCGCAUCUCCAGCGAGAUCUACGAGGAGGUGCGGCGUGUGCUGAAGGGAUUUGUGGAGGGCGUCGUGCGCGAUGCCACUUCGUAUACGGAGUACGGCCACCGCCGCACGGUAACCGCAUCGGAUGUCGUGAAUGCCCUGCGCAAGCGCGGCCACAUCCUCUACGGCUACGCGUAAAUGUGAGAGAAGAUAAAUAGAGAGAGGAACUGGACGAAACAAGAGGGGGCGAGGGAUGGGGGAGGAGAGGAGCAUUUUGUGCACUCCAACCCCACUCUUACAUGGCUCAAACCCCCUUUUUUAGGAUACUUGCCCCAUGAGCCACUCUCCGCAAUUUACCUAGCCAUCACCUAUAGAAGUUUUUUUUUGAUUAAUUUAUUUACUUAGGUUUAAAUUCAGAAUAUGAUACGUUUUUCUCGAUUGAAAUACCCAGAAUCUAUGACGUGA